GUGGUUUCGACUGGUCACCACGACAAAUGGUAUGACGAUGGCUGACUCGAAUUACGAAAGAGUAGACGUUUUUUUCAGGGGCAAUUUUCCAAGCAAGGCCGCUGCGUUCGCUAGAAAACGUCGCACAUUUUCAUUUUUAUUAUUCUGUGCAUACAGCAGCAAACGCACGAUGGUCUACGACAUUAAGUGGAUUAUACCAAAGUUAAAAAGUCCAACCAAACUAUGGAAUUUUGCAAGUACCCUUACCUUUGCCGCAGUAGGAAUUGUUUCAAAAAUAAUAAUCAAUUGGCUUAAUAAGACGACGGUCUAUAAUAAACACAUACUCACAAAUGCGUUGGACAAGAGGCCAAGGAAUGUCCCACUCAUAACAGUCUCCAACCAUCAUAGCUGCUUUGAUGAUCCUGGGAUAUGGGCAACUCUGGAUUUUCGGCAUGUACUGAGUAGGCGGACAAUGAGAUGGUCACUGGCAGCACACGAUAUUUGUUUUACAAACUCGUGGCAUUCGUAUUUUUUUAUGUUAGGAAAGUGCAUACCCAUAGUCAGAGGCGAUGGAGUCUAUCAAGAGGCUAUAAAUUUUUGUAUAGAAAAAUUAGGCUGCGGUGACUGGAUCCAUGUUUUCCCAGAGGGAAAAGUAAAUAUGAUUAAGGAACACAUAAGGUUAAAAUGGGGAAUAGGAAGACUGAUACUUGAAUCACCUAUCACACCUAUUGUCGUGCCAAUUUAUCAUCUAGGAAUGGAUGAUGUAUUACCUAAUGAACCGCCUUACAUCAUUAAAUUUAAUAAAAAGGUUACCAUUAGUUACGGAGAGCCAAUAGACUUUAGUGAAAUAUUAGCGGAAUUACGGGCAUCUGAUGCUGAUGAAGUGCAAGCGAGAAAAGUCAUUACUGAUCAUAUUGAUGCUGAAAUUCUCAGAUUAAAAGCAAAAACCGAAGAAUUGCAUGUUAAACUUUGACGUUGCCAUAACUCUACCUAGUAUUAAAUUUAAUCAAUCUCAUGUAAUUUAAAUAACAAGGUCGUCAAUAUAAACAAGUCGUUUUUAUAAGUGAUCGGCAAUUUCAAAUUACAAUAGAAUAAAUUUAUUUAUUUAUUUUUUUUUUUUCAAUGCGAACUUUAGUAUAAACCAUUGUUCAAAAAUACUUUAAAAAACAUGAUACGGCAUAAAUGAAAUUAAACGCGUCAUAAAGUAACAUGACAUACUUUUUAAUCGUGCGUAAGUUUUCUUCAUUAACCUAUUUAGUUAUUAGUAAUUAUAUUACAUCGACAUAUCAAUUAUUUGUUUUUAUCCUGUAAAUAACAUUACAUCGUGUAUAUUUUUGGGUAUAAAAAAAAUUAUUAAGCCUAAAAUAAAAUUUAUUUACUGCUUUUGAUUAUAUACAUCCAUUUUUAUAAAUAAUAUACCAUUAAAAUGCUUCCAAUUAAUAAAUAAAAGUAGAUAAAUUAAUUUUAUACAUCUAUAUACACAUAUAUAUGUAUAUUUUUUAAUGUUCAUGGAUUGAAUACAUAAUAAAUACAUAAUAUUUUAUAUAUAUAUUAGAUUUAUUUUUAUUUACGAUGUUUACGAGAUUUAAUUGUGUUGUUAUAUUUAUUAUUUAAAUAUAUAUAAAUAAUAUUUUAUGUAAUAUCAUUUUUUAUAAUAUUAAUAACAAAAUUUUUUUUAAAUAUUUGAGUAAAAAUAUUCGCCGAAACCAUACACUGUAAAAAAUUAGGAGUAAUUUCGGAGUGAUCUGGAUUUUAUUUAUAUUUGCAUUCACUCCGACCGGGAAUUUUAAUUUUCAAACUCUCUUUCGGAGUGAAUUUUACUCCACAUUCACUCCAGAUUUACUCCAGUAUUUCUUUACAUUAUAAAAUUUUAUUGAAAGAUGCUAAAAGUUGGCUGAAAAAUUAUAAUUUUUAUUAAACUAGCUGACAAAUAUAAAAUUAUGGGACUUUUAAAAAAAUUAUGGGACUUUUAAAAAAAUUUUCUACAACUCAAAAUAAAACUGAAAAUUUUCAAAUUAUUAUUGGUAAUGAAAAAUAAUAAAUUUAUAAGCAUUCAUAUUUAUUUCUGUGAAUUUUACUAUUUCUUAAAAAUAUGAUGUUGAGAUGAUAAAUUAAAACAAAAUAUAUGACGUACUAAAAACAUCAUGUGUGUAAUAUAAAGAUAACACGAUAAUUUUUACUGUGCCUAAGCCGUUAAUCGUAUGAAUGAUAAAUAUUUAUUUAUUCAAUUCACACAUCGUAUGAUCGGGCGAUUAAUUCAUUUUAUUCAUUUGAUAAUACGAUAAUGAAAAAAAUAACUUAUGUUAUUUUACUUUUUAUCGGGCGAAUAGACAAUCUCUAAAUGGAGCAAAACAAAUUAAUCAUCCGAUUAUCGGUCGAGAUAAAAAAAAAAUAAAUAGUCCAAUUAUCGGAAAAAUGGUUAUUUAUUAUUCAUUCGUUUAGCGAAUGACUAGCAGCCGACAAUUGUGCAAUUAUAAUUCGUAAACACCUUAAAUAAUUAAUGUUGUAUAUAUUAUUUAUCAGAAUUAUUUUCUUAAAUUAUUAACAACAAAAAUUAUAAUCUUUCUCUCUUUUGGUUAUCAAAUCUUCCAAUAAAAUGAAUAUAACAUUUUAAAGCCAUCCUCAGACAGUGCUUUCACUUUUUAAAAAUAUUUAAUGAUCUUAAACUGUCAUAGUAUUAUUUUAUUAAUUAAUUUCAAAAAAUUGAAGUAUUAAUUGAAAAAAGGGAAAAUUUCACCGAGACAGAGUUUUAAAAAAAUUACCACAGUUGUCAUCAAUCAGGAGUUUAACGAAAUUUGGUUAAUAAAUUUGACAUCCAAAAUUCGAAAAUUGACAUCAACUUUAAAUAAUUUUUUUUAAAAAUCUGUCUCAGUAAAAUUGUCCCUUGUUUAAAUUAAUACUCUAACUUUUUUAAUUAAUUAUCAAAAUUUGAAUACGGUCACUACAAUUGAAUAUUUUUAAAAAGUGAGGGGUGUCUUCGAAUGACCUUAAACUAAAAAUCUUUAAUAAAUCAAUCAACAUAAAAUUAAUUUACUCUUCACGGAAAAAAAUGAUUUCAAAAUUUAGUUGUGUAGUCGAACUCCAUUAACUCGGAACUUCCCCUGAAUCUUGACCCCCACCACAAGCUACAUUGUCUCCCACUCAAUGCUACACAUUUAUGUUUCGUGUAUAUUUAUGUAUGCCUUAUUCAUGCAGAUGUCAGCGCGCAUGCGUAUAGUUCACAUUUUAAGGAAGAAGGGGCAUCCGUUAACUCGGGAAUUCCCACUCCGUAAAUUAACUCCUAGUUAAUGGAGUUCGACUGUAACUCGAAACUAUUAACGAAUCCAAAUAUUAAUUUUUUUUUCCGUGUAAUUAAUAACAUUGAAUAUUUUUUUUUUUCUAAAAAAUAUAUAAAUUUGUUUAGACAAAAAAAAAUGUUUUUUAAUUCAUGCAAAAUUUUAUAUUUAUAAUAACGAUCAUUGGCAUAUUUACUAUAUGGUAAAAUUAACUAUUUUGUAAUUUUAAUAGUGAAAGCUAUUACGUUAAUUAUUAUUUUAGGUACAUAUUUUUUGGAUUUAUUUUUAUGAAGAGAAGAAAAAGAUAAGUAUUUCUAUGUAUAUUAAAUGUGACAAGACUUGACUUUAGUGGCUA